UACUCACGAAAACAAACGUGUUUUCGCAUUGUAUUUAAAUUUUUAAAGUUUCAUAUUCUAGAUUCUAAGAUUAAAUUUAUUUAACCACACAUUAUUAUUUAUGAUCCUCUGGAAAUUUUAACUUAAUCCGUUGUUUUUUUCUCAAACAGAUAAUGCGAGUUACAGCAUAGAACAACGUAUGUAUGUGCAACGAUUCUCAACCCGAGCAGCUUCAGUACUUUUUUGUAUUUGAAAGUAUAAGCAUCACACAGGUCAUUUUAAAAUGACUGAAAAAAAUUCUAUUUUGAGAUUUUACAAACAGCCAGGUUGUACCCCAGCCAAGAAAAAAGAGAUUUUGGCCAAUCUGCAACUGGUUUGCAAUGCCGUACAGGAUGUUGAAACAGAGCUUUGUUAUCAUGUGGAAAUAGAAAAGUCUGUGACCCAAUCUGAGAUUAAAACAUUAGAAUGGGUACUGGCAGAUCCAUUGAGUCCUGUCAAUCUCCGUUCUAAAGAAUUCCUCACUUCUUCAAGUAAAGAUAUUCUUAUAGAGGUAGGUCCUAGAUUUAAUUUUUCUACAGCUAACUCGACCAAUGCUGUAUCAAUUUGUCAAAACUUGGGGUUGAAGCAAGUUGUAAGACUGGAAGUGUCUCGGAGAUAUUUAAUCAAACUUUUACCAAAUGCUAUAAUGUCUAAAGAAUUGGAGCUUAGUUUAGUUGGGGCAUUACAUGAUCGGAUGACUGAAUGCCGCUAUACUAAAGAAAACCUUCCAAACAAUAGCUUUAAUGAAAAAUUAGAGAAAAGGGAGAAUAUUAAAGAAGUGGAUGUGUUAAAGAAAGGUGCAGAAGCACUAAAAGAGAUUGAUAAGGAAAUGGGGUUGGCCUUUGAUGAAGCAGACUUAGCAUACUAUACAAACCUCUUUAAAAAUGUUCUGAAAAGAAAUCCCACUAAUAUUGAAUGUUUUGAUCUUGCUCAAUCAAAUAGUGAACACAGCCGUCACUGGUUCUUUAAAGGAAAAAUGGUAGUUGAUGGAGUUGAAUAUGAGGAAUCUUUGAUUGAUAUGAUAAUUGAGACCCAGAAGCAUACAAACCCUAACAAUGUUAUUAAAUUUAGUGAUAAUAGCAGUGCCAUAAGAGGCUACAUACACCGUAGUCUCAGACCAGCAAACGCAGGAGCAGUAAGCGAACUUAGGCAAGUUCCAUCAGAAUCCCACCUUAUAUUUACAGCAGAGACUCACAAUUUUCCCACCGGUGUGGCACCUUUCAGUGGUGCUACUACCGGAACUGGAGGACGAAUCCGAGAUGUUCAAAGUGUUGGUAGGGGUGGAUAUUGUAUUGCGGGAACUGCCGGAUACUCUGUUGGUAACUUACGUAUUCCUGGCUACAAGUUACCAUGGGAAGACGAAACAUUCCAAUAUCCAUCUAAUUUCGCUCCUCCACUGGAAAUCCUGGUGGAAGCUAGUAAUGGUGCAUCAGAUUACGGAAAUAAAUUUGGUGAACCACUUAUUAGUGGUUUUGUGAGAUCUUACGGUCUUCACGAUGGAAAUGAUAGAAGAGAAUGGAUAAAGCCAAUUAUGUUUAGUGGAGGUAUUGGUAGUAUGGAAGCUGACAUGACUGAAAAGUUGUCCCCGGAAAAAGGACACCAAAUCGUCAAAAUUGGAGGUCCAGUGUACAGAAUUGGUGUUGGAGGUGGAGCUGCCAGUUCUGUUGAGGUGCAAGGCGAUAACAAAGAAGAACUUGAUUUUAAUGCUGUGCAGAGAGGUGACGCUGAAAUGGAAAACAAAUUAAACAGAGUAGUGCGAGCAUGCCUUGAGCUUGGAAAGAAGAAUCCAAUCAUCAGUAUUCACGAUCAGGGCGCUGGGGGCAACGGAAAUGUUCUAAAAGAACUCGUUGAACCAAAAGGAGGAAUAAUUUACGCCAAUAGGUUCGAACUCGGAGAUCCCACAAUUAAUUUACUGGAACUAUGGGGAGCUGAAUAUCAAGAGAAUAAUGCUUUGUUAUGUAAGAAGGAGGAUUUGGAUCUGUUAAAAUCUAUUUGUAACAGGGAAAGGUGUCCCAUUAAUGUAGUUGGUGAAGUAACAGAUACAGGCUCGGUAGAACUAGCUCUCGAUGAGUCUAAAUCAGUUGUGCCAUUCAAUCUUAAAUUGGAUCACGUAUUGGGUAAAAUGCCAAGAAAAGUGUUUAAACUUGAGAGAAAAACGCCGAUUCUACAACCGUUAAAACUGCCUCCGGCUACGUCUAUAUUCCAAUGUUUAGAAAGAGUCCUAAGGUUGCCUUCUGUUGCCAGUAAGAGAUAUCUUACAAAUAAAGUCGAUCGAUGUGUUACCGGUUUGAUAGCACAACAACAAUGUGUUGGUCCUUUACAUACUCCUUUAGCAGACGUAGCAGUUACUGCUAUAUCCCAUUUUGGAUACGAAGGUAUCGCGUCUUCGAUUGGAGAGCAGCCAAUCAAAGGUUUAGUUAAUAUUGCAGCCGGUGCUAGAAUGUCCGUGGUGGAAGCAAUCAGUAACUUAGUAUUUGCCGGAAUCUCCGAUCUGAAAGACGUAAAAUGCAGUGGAAACUGGAUGUGGGCCGCCAAAUUGCCGGGAGAGGGUGCUGCCUUAUAUGAUGCCUGCAAAGCUAUGUGUAGUUUAAUGUCAGAACUAGGUAUUGCUGUUGAUGGUGGAAAAGAUUCCUUAAGUAUGGCGGCUAGAGUAGGAAAGGAUACAGUUAAAGCUCCUGGUACAUUAGUAGUUUCUACGUAUGCUCCGUGCCCAGAUAUUAGAAAGGUGGUCACUCCCGACUUCAAAGCUCCCUCUAUGGGGAAAGAAGGUGUAUUACUUUUCAUUGAUUUAUCACACGAUGCUAAUCGCUUAGCCGGUACCGCAUUGGCGCAGUGCUUUGGACAACUUGGCAACGAAGUGUCCGAUUUGCACUCCGCAAAAGAUCUGAAAAACGCUUUUGCAGCCACCCAAGAACUAAUUAAAGACGGUGCUAUUCUGGCCGGACAUGACAUCAGCGAUGGCGGAUUAAUAGUGACGCUCUUGGAAAUGUGCUUCGCCGGGUUAUGUGGAAUGGAAAUCAAUGUAACGCAUAGACAAGGCAAGGCUAUUCCGAUCCUUUUCUCCGAAGAAGUGGGAUGGGUAUUGGAAGUUUUGGAAAAAGAUGUUGGACAUUGUUUAACAGUAUUUCAAGGUUUCCAAGUUCCAGUAUUUACCAUAGGUAAAAGUGUGGAAUAUGGUGUAAAAUCUAAGAUUAACAUAACAGUUAAUAAUGCCCAACUUGAAAGUACCGUUUUACCAUUAAUGCGCAUGUGGGAAGAAACCAGUUACAAGUUGGAGUUGAGGCAAACCAUCAAGGAAUGUGCAGACUCGGAAUUCCAAUCUUUGCCGACUAGAACUGGUCCUAAAUAUAAGCUUACAUUCGAUCCCGAUUUUGAAAAUAUUUUGAAAGAGGAGAAAAUUCCAGUUGCUGUCAUCAGAGAAGAAGGUAUUAAUAGUGACAGAGAGAUGGCUGCGGCUUUAGUGAGAGUAGGAUUUAAAGUAACGGAUAUUACAAUGCAAGAUCUCUUAACUGAAAAAGCCACACUGGAUAGAUUUAGGGGAGUUAUCUUUCCUGGAGGUUUUAGUUAUGCAGAUGUUCUUGGUUCUGCCAAAGGUUGGGCAGCCAGUAUUCUCUUUCACGACAAGGUCAAAGAACAAUUCACGCGAUUUUUCAACAGGCCAGACACGUUCAGUUUAGGAGUGUGUAACGGUUGUCAAUUGAUGGCACUGAUUGGCUGGGUGGGUUCACCUCUGAAAAGUGAGUAUGCCAUUCCGGAUAUUACUUUGGAGCAUAAUAAGUCCGAGAGGUUCGAGUGCAGAUGGAGUACUGUAAGGAUAGAAACUUCCGAAGCCAUCAUGUUAAAGGGAAUGGAAGGAUCAGUGUUAGGAGUUUGGGUGGCCCAUGGCGAAGGUCGAUUUGCGUUCAAAAACGAUACUGUCUACGAGAACUUAGUACAGAAUAAUCUCGUCGCUUUGCGAUAUGUUGACGAUAACAGUAACCCAACUGAAGUUUAUCCCAUGAACCCUAAUGGAAGUAUUGAAGGUCUUGCAGGUGUUUGUUCCGCUAAUGGAAGACACCUGGCAAUUAUGCCUCAUCCAGAAAGGUGUGCCCAAUCAUUCCAAUGGCCUUACAUGCCAAGAGACUGGAUCCAUCAUCAAAAGAGUCCUUGGGAGAAAAUGUUUAAGAACGCAUACGAUUGGUGCCUUAGUAACAAGUUCAAUGUAGUCUAUUAUUAAAACAAGUGCCGUAAUACUCGUAAGUUAAAAUUUCCUUCAAACGCAAAACUAAAAUAAUAAAACUUUAUAUUGUUAUUGCAAUGAAAUUGUUUAAACGUUUCUAUAACAUUUUCUAUUGUAUACAGAAAUGUGCAUUUAUAAUAUUGCAACAAAGUGCCUUAAUUGUUGUUAAUUCAUUCUUUAUAUUUUUGUUACCUACCUUUAUAAAUGCAAUAGAAUUUACAAAUCCUUAGUUUUUUUAUUAUAUAUAGAUUUUGUAUUA